GGCCGGGCCGGUUACGAUUACAUCACUGAGGCGAAUGCUACGCCUACCUACCUAUCGGAGCCGCAAGAGGCUAAAAGGCCGAAAACGAUGUCCGGCGUAGAAAUGCCUGCUCCAAGAUGAUUCAAUCGGGCAUUUGCUAAAGUUGUGGGCUGGAUGUUUUCGACAAGUCAAUCUCUGAAGCAGGAAGUAAAAGUGGAAUAGUCAACAGCGCAUGCGCGGCUUCUUCGGACUCUGGACGUAAAUUCCGCUCAAACGCAACAUGGAAUGGUUGGAAAAGUGACAAAAGAGAAGAGAGCGUGAUGGCAGCUACGCAAGAUGUAACUAUGUCCAGUGGGGAGGUACUCGUGGUGAAGACUGAUGGUGACACUAACACAGAGUAUGUUGUCGAUAAAAGCCAGGUCAUCCUUCAGCUCCAGUCCAUAAGUGCAGGAGAAGAAUGCGAUGAAACUGCUGUGUCCGUUAUGACGGAUGAAGGCCAUCCGGAAGAGACUGAGGAAGGUGACGUUGAAAUUUGCUGCCCUAUAACGUGCGGUGACAGUAAAGCAAUGUUACUAGUGAAGAAGUUCGUGUGCCCAGGAAUCAAUGUCAAAUGUGUGAAGUUUGACGAUCAGCUCAUCAGUCCAAAGCAGUUUGUCCACAUUUCCGGGAAAGCCACUCUGAAAGACUGGAAACGAGCAAUCCGGAUGGGUGGAGUCAUGCUCAGAAAGAUUAUGGAUUCGGGCCAACUUGACUUCUAUCAACACACGACGUUGUGUACAAACACUUGCCGUAGCACCAAGUUUGACUUGUUGAUCAACAACACGCGCUUCCCACCUGACAGCACUGGACUCUCCUCUACAUCCUCUCAAGCGCAGGAGUCCUCCUCUGCCAACGGCAAGAUAGUAGGAGACAAUAUGACGGAGGGAGCGGCCGAAACCAGGGACUGCGUCUCAAAGUCGGCGGAAUCGCCCCACCGCCGCCACCACCGCCACGACUCUGGGGAAAUCUCAGAAGACACGCUCAACUUCUGGAAGGGAAUUGCUGAUGUGGGUUUGCUGGGUGAAGUGGUAAGCAAAAUCAGUACUGAGCUGUUGGAUCUGCUGAACAACUUGCAGCUGCUCAAGGAGUCGGUGGUCUUGCAGAACACAGAGGUUGCAGCGCUGAGUAACCUCGGCCAGGUGUUUGGACUGCUCAACUCUGUCAAGAAGAUGCUGGCCAAGAGGCGGCAGCAGACCCAUCCCAGCCAGGCGCAAAUUCUUCGAAUCCUUUGCGACCUGGAGUCGCAGUUGGCGGAACAGCGAAAGCAGCAACGGAAUCAAGCUCUGCCGUCAUGCCCGCCGCACCCUGCCGCCAAAAGUAGCAUCAAGCGCCAGACAAAGCGGCUUCGUUUGCACAGGCCCCUUACCGGCGUCAACCGUCAGCCUGCGCAGGUCACCAUUCUGUCGCCCAUCUCCUUGGCUCAGCCGUUGGCUCUGGCAGACCUACCCAUCGCCUCCUUGGCCCAGUCGUCCAACAUUGUCACUCUGCUCCCCGCCGGCUCGCAACUUUUCACACGAUACGUGCUGACCGGAGACGGAAAAGCCGACGGCGUUACCUUGCACGCCUCUUCCGACCUCACGCUGGUGGAUUCUAGUCCCGCGCAGGAGUCCUGCCCGUUGAGUACGGUGGUCAAACCCGUGGAGCUGCUCCACCUUAGCCAGCGAGCGCUGGGUGCAGAAGCAGUGCCCGUGGAGGCGGCGCAGGUGCCGGACGGCACCUUCUUGCUGCGGCACGACCGAGAACACGCCCUUGUCCGCGUGGACCCACGGUCAGUAGAGGAAGGGGAAGUCGCGGGGCUGCCGGUGCCCGCCGCCGCCGAGUCGGGUCCGGGUGAGAGCGCCGGUAUCGUUCAGCAGAGGAUGGAGGUCACCGUUGCGCAGGGGACACACAAACAAGGGACUCAGAGCCUGGAGUUGGAUGCCCGUGGACGUGGGCCCGGUGUACGGCUUGUGGUCGGAAGAGAAAAUAUUGUGCAAGGGAACCAAGUUCAGGCCAAGUAAACACCUUGUCGUCACAGAAAAACGGAAGGAAUAAAUUGCUCGUACAAAA